GGAAGGCUGGCCAAAAAGGUUCCCUCCUUUGCAGGGUCUGGAUGACUUCAUCCAACCUUGUUCUCCUGCGCGUCAACUCUGGUCACACCCACUUUGCUUGCACAGGGUUGGGACGAACACUUCAGCCUGUGAACCCAACCGCUUGGAACUCGCUUCGAACCCAUCCUUGCCCCUUUUUUGCGUGAUCUUUUCAGGCCGAGUACCCUUGGCAGAAGUCUUCCUCGCUCUGGAGUAAAACAAAAGGGGUUCUGCGACAGUAUUCCAUACCACCACCAUCAUCAACCUACUACUGCGAGUAGCAGCUCUUGUUGAACAGACAUCCCCACACAACCUUUAGCUGACUCGCGACAAGAACACGCUUUUGCUCCCCCCCAAGAAAUAUGUCCGCCAACGCGUCGGCAGCGCCCUCGAGGCAAACAACAAUGAUGAGCAAUGCCAGCGAUGACACGGCCAUUCCCGAGUUCGAUCCCAACAGCACCGCCGGUAUUCUCGUCCAGCGUCUCCGGGCAUGGAAGCACGCCGUCGCCUACCUGGAAGACUACGUCGAGGCCGUUGAAAAGAUUCACCAUUCUCAAGCAAAGGAAUACGAGAAGGUCUUGAAGACCAUUUCCCACCCCCUGAGGGAAGGGGAUCACUUCUCCCAGCAUGCCACCAAUGUCACCGGUGUUGCGGCCAUGUUCGAGGUCUUGCGCGCCAAUACCCAGGGCAUGAUCAACAGCAACCUCGAGACACAGAAAAAACUUAAGGAGACUGUCCUCCACGACCUGAAGGGCUUGCACCAUGAAAUCAAGGACUACUCAAAGAGGCUCUCUCACAGCCUGAACAAGGGAGCCAAGGCGGUCGAGAAGUCCCGCAACACGACUCAAAAGCAUAUCGAGCUGCUUUCCCAGCACGUUGCCUCUUUUCCGACGAGCGGCGCCGACCUCAAUCCGGCCGAUGAUCCGUAUGUUCUUCGCCAAGGCGUCAUCUACCGCCUCCAUAACCAGAUCCAGGAUGAAAACAAUCAUCGCACCGAACUCAUCACCGCCCAGGCCCAGUUCAUGGAAUUCGAGGUCAAGGUUGUUAAGAGCAUCCAAAAGGCCAUGGAGGACUUGAACACGCUCGCCGGUGGCCAUGCCGAGCAUGUUCGUGGUCUCUACGCCCAAGUGCUCCAGACCUCCCAGAACAUCCCGCCCGACUUUGAGUGGCAAGAAUUCCGGGUUCGCAGUGCCGACGUACUCGUCAACGAGAACGAACCGCCUCGUGAACUCGGCCACCUGCUUCCCCUGGUUCCCAACGCUGAUAACCCUUCUACCAAGGCGCUCAUCGAGGGCUCUCUUGACCGCAAGUCUCGCAACAAGCUCUCGUGGGGCUACAAUACCGGCUACUACGUCGUCACCCCUGCCAGGUACCUCCACGAGUUCAAGGACAACGACCCCAAGCGCAAGGACCCCCAGCCCGAACUCAGCAUCUACCUGCCCGAUGCCAUUAUCGGCGCUCCCAAGGACGACAAGUUCAAUGUCAAGGGCAAGGACAAGUCUAAGGGCAUCGGCAGCAAGUUGGCGGGCACCUCGGAGUUGCAGUUCAAGGCCCACAGCGCCGCAGAAGCCCAAAAGUGGUUCGAUAUUAUUAGCAAUGUUGCCGGCGCUCUUGGUCCUGGCGUAGCCACCCCCGUCACUACUCCCACUCCGGACACCGAGGACAAGAAGCUCGAGGCUGCGACUAACAACCUGACCUUGAACGAGGCCCAGACCCUGCCGCCGUCGCCCCAUGAGACUGGUGUCGUUGCCAGUCCCAUCAACAUUUCGCCUGUUGACUCCAAGGCUGCGGGUACCGCCGCUCCUCCUGCUGUAUCCCCUGCGGCCGCGGUUCCUGAAAAGGGUGCUUUGCCUAAGUAGUAAGGCGGCUUUCCACCUAAGAGUCGGGUCUCAUAAUGAUGAUAAUGAUGAUGAUGAUGAAGAGAAUCGAGACAAAGAGCAACAACUGCAAGAAAGAAACCAAGAACAAUGCCAUGGAAUUCGAAACGACACACUUUGCCGAUGCUAGAUUAGUUGGGUAUUUGGCAGAGUUGGUUUAUUUGGUACCAUUUCGUUUAUACCCCCCUUCCUCCCCCCUUAUACCCCCGUCAUUCAUAUUAUUCUAUCUGAAUAGCUAUCUAAUUGUCCAUUUACCAUGAAUGAAUCUUGCUUUGUGAUGCCCG